AUGGCAUUCGAAUUCCCUCCUCACUUGACAGCCCUCACCAUGGACAGCCCUAGUCUUUGGCAAGCUAGACCUGAACGUAAGUGCCCGCACUGCGAAUACUACCCUUUUCAUCAAGAGAAAAAGGUAUGUGAAGUAUGCCAAUUCAAGCUGGGCACCAAAGAAGUCCAAUCCUUCCUUGAAGACUACAACAGGGACUGGGUUGUGUAUCAUCUCGUCCGACACGGCGAUCUCCAUGGUCGGUAUACGCUCGAAAACGACAUGCGCGAGCGUUUAGUUCGCGAGAAACGCUGCCGACGCCUUUCUUGCGCCAUGGAAAGAGACUCUAGCUACGUGCACUGCGAGAAGUGUCGGAAGAAGCUCGCCUGCAAAGGCUACACUUCAGAGCUGGCCAACAUGAAAGAAAGGACGCCUUCAUUGGCCCAUGUUCUUGACAGCUACUCUGAAACGUCGUUUACUGCAAGGAUCGCCAAAAACGAAGACGGAACCUCGCCUGAGGAUUGGGUGUGGGAGGGCUCAUCCGAGAAGUUUGUACAUCCUGAGCGCAAGACUUAUCAGGAAAACUCCAGUCCCGAAGAAAUGGUUUGA